AUGCGCUUGACGCCGAACGGUUCUCUAACCUCCCGACUGACUUUCCGAGAAGCGCUCAGCCGCGAAGUAGAGCCGGGCGACCCUCGCAGCAAUCUCGAGGACCUUGGUCAGAUUGGUGAAGGCAGCACAGGAACAGUGUGUCUGGCUCGAGUCAGAGUGACCCAACGCUUGGUUGCCGUAAAGAAAAUGGAUCUUUUUAAACAGCAAAGACGAGAAUUACUUUUCAAUGAGGUAGCCCAUUGCCCUUUGUAA